AUGCCGGUGCUCGAUUUAGUUUCACCUGUUACUGAAAUUUUCAAGUGUCUACUGCCUCCAAUUCUUCUUCGAAUUGGAUACUUAAUUCGGCAUCGGAGAAAGAUCGAAAAGCUUGGGAGAAAAGUAGACGAUUUGAAGAAUUUAAGAGUUGACUUGCAGGUUAGAGUUGAUGCAGCCAGGAGGAAUCUUGAAUCGAUUCGCAGAGUUGUGCAAGUCUGGCUUGAACGGGUAGACAAGGAAAUUAGUAAAGAUGAAACGAUGGAGAGGCUAAUGAGUGGUCAGGCUCUACAAGUUCUUAAUUCUCAGUCUUGUUUCAGCGCCACUACUUCUUGCGGGAGCAGUCGUUAUGUUCUUGGAUGCAAAAUCGAAAGGAAGACGAUCAUAAUCGAAGAGCUUCUUGAAGAAGGUAAGAGUUUUCGCGAUAUUUCUGAUCCAAAUUUUGAUGGUAUAGAUUUUCUUCCUGCAAAUCCAGAUUUUGAGUCAUUUGCAUCAAGAAAAGUUGCUAUAAAUGAAGUAAUGGCCGCGUUAAAAGACCAAGGAACUAGUUUAAUCGGUGUGUAUGGAAUGGGUGGAGUAGGAAAAACCAUGCUAAUGAAUGAAAUUAGCAAACAAGUGCAAGAAGAGAAGAUUUUCGAUGUGGUUGUUAUGGCAAAUGUGUCUCAAAAUGUGGACCUGAAAAAGAUACAAGCUACGAUUGCGGAGGUCUUAGGGUUGGAAAGGAUUAUGAAAAUGGAAGAUAGAAGAGCACGAGCAGCAAUGUUAUCGGCUCGAUUGAUGGAUGAAAAAAGUGUGUUGGUUAUCUUGGAUGAUCUAUGGACACAAAAUCUUAAUUUAUAUGAUGUGGGUAUUCCUCGUGGACACCAAGGGUGCAAAGUUGCUAUCACUACAAGAAUGCGCAUACAAGCGUGUAACUCGUGGAUCGUUGACAAGAAUAUCGAAGUUGGAGUCUUAACAGAAGACGAAUCGUGGGAUUUAUUCAAGAAAAAUGUAGGCGAUUCUCCGGAUACGCAAUUAGAACUGUCAAGGCACAUUGCAAAUGAGUGCAAAGGUUUGCCAAUAGCACUUGUUACACUUGGCAGGGCAUUGAGAAACAAAGACAACUUGUUGUGGGAGGAUACUGCUCUUCAACUGAAGAAUGCCACCUUUACUUACAUUGAAGGAACAAAAAUGGCAUUUUCAAUCUUUGCCAGUUUGAGCAACUGCAGACUGACUCUUAUGAUGAUUCGAUCAAGCGUUUUUCAUGAAUUCUAGGCUGGAGCAAAGACGUUAUCUCCUUUGCCUUUCUCAUUCGCCACUGAACACUUCACUGAUGGGUGCAUACUACUACAGCCACCACCCA